CUGAAUUCACCCACCAGAUCUCAUCUCAAAUAUAACACAACUACUUAUUGCUCCUUACUGAUCACAACCUCGUUAUGCUGCAAAUAUAAGUUGUUUUACUACUUUCUCAUCCUUCGUAGUAUCUUUGAAGUUCUUAAACAUGGCACGGAGAAUCUCAUUAUCCUUGUCUUCCUCCACCCAUACAUGGAUUUAUGACGUCUUUCUAAGUUUUAGAGGAGAAGACACUCGUUUUCAGUUUACUCAUAAUCUCUACCAUUCCUUGUGCGAAGCGGGGAUUCAUACUUUCAUCGACCAGGAAGGUCUUAGAAUAGGGGAAGAAAUUACACCUGUUCUUUUCCACGCAAUUCAAAAUUCAAGGAUUUCCAUCAUUGUCUUCUCCAAAAGCUAUGCAUCUUCAACCUAUUGCUUAAAUGAACUUGUAAGGAUCCUUGAAUGCGCCAAGGAAGAAGGUCCAUCAAUAUAUCCAAUAUUUUAUGACGUGGAUCCGUCAGAAGUUCGACAUCAGACGGGAACUUAUGCAGAAGCAUUGUCAAAACUCGAAACUAGGUUCCACAACGACGCUGACAACGAGAAGGUACAAAAAUGGAGGAAGGCCUUACAUGAAGCAGCUAAUCUAUCAGGCUGGCAUUACCAACAUGGGUCUCAACCAGAAUAUGAGUUCAUAAGAAAGAUUGUUCAAGCAAUCUCUAGAAAGAUAAAUUACAUCCCUUUAUAUGUUGCCGAUAACCCAAUUGGGCUGGAGUAUGCACUGGAAGGAGUGAAAUCUCUCCUUGAAGAUGGAUCUGAAAUCAACAUGAUAGGAAUUUAUGGUAUCGGGGGUAUAGGGAAAACCACCAUUGCUCGUGCCGUGUAUAACAAUAUUUUUUGGGGUUUUCAAGGUUCGUGUUUUCUACCUGACAUAAGAGAAAAGGCGAUUAAUAAACACGGUAUUGUCCAACUUCAAGAAUUAGUACUUUCUGAAAUACUCAAGGAAAAAGAUAUUAAAGUGGGAGAUGUCAAUAGAGGAAUACCGUUAAUAAAAAGGAGACUUCAACAGAAGAAGGUCCUUCUAGUUCUUGAUAAUGUCGACAAAUUAGAGCAGUUAAAGGCACUUGCAGGGGGAUAUGAUUGGUUUGGCUCUGGAAGUAUAAUCAUCAUCACCACAAGAGACAAGCACUUGCUAGAUGCUCAUGGGGUGGUAAACUUAUAUGAGGUUAAACCAUUACAUGUUGAAAAAGCUCUGGAAUUGUUUAACUGGCAUGCCUUCAGAAGUGAUAAAGUUGGUCCACCAUACAUGAGUAUUUCCAACCGUGCCGUUUCUUAUGCGUGCGGUCUUCCUUUGGCUCUGGAAGUUAUAGGAUCCCACUUAUUCGGAAAAAGUUUAGAUGAGUGCCAUUCUGCAUUAGAUAAAUAUGAAAGUAUUCCUCAUCGAAAGAUUCAUGAAAUACUAAAAGUAAGCUACGAUGGUUUGGAAGAAAAUGAGAAGGGAAUUUUCCUAGACAUUGCAUGUUUCUUCAAUAACUGUGAACUGGGCAAUGUCACACCAAUGCUAAAAGCUCAUGGUUUUUAUGCAGAAGAUGGUUUGAGAGUGUUAGCUGACAGAUCUCUCAUAAAGAUUAAUUCUUCUGAUUUUGUGAGAAUGCAUGACCUAAUUCGAGACACAGGUAGAGAGAUUGUAAGGCAGGAAUCAACACUUGAGCCAGGCAGACGUAGUAGAUUAUGGUUUAACCAGGACAUUGUUCACGUUUUGGAAGGAAAUACGGGAUCUGAUAAAAUAGAAUUCAUAAAGCUUGAAGGGUACAACAACAUACAAGUGCAAUGGAAUGGAAAAGCCUUAAAGAAAAUGAAGAACUUGAGGAUUUUGAUAGUUGAAGAUGCAACCUUUUCUACAAGCCCCGAGCAUCUACCAAAUAGCUUGAGAGUGCUAGACUGGAGUUGCUAUCCUUCGCCAUCUUUACCUUCUGAUUUCAAUCCAAAACGUUUUGAGAUAAUCCUUAUGCCUGAAAGUAGCCUUCUGAUGUUCGAACCACAAAAGAUGUUGGAAUCAUUGUCUAUAAUAAACCUUGAAGAUUGCAAGUUCUUAACUAAUCUACCGAGCCUACGAGAGGCAUCACUCUUAACAACUCUGCGUCUCGAUAGAUGCUGUAAUUUAGUUAACAUUGAUGAAUCAAUUGGGUUUCUUGAUAAGCUUCGGUUGUUGAGUGCUAAAGGGUGCACCAAGCUGAAAACUCUUGCACCCCGCAUCAUGUUGACAUCUCUUGAAACUUUGGAUCUUGCGAUGUGCUAUAAUCUUGAGAGUUUCCCAGAAGUAUUGGGAAAGAUGGAGAAAAUAAAGACAAUAUAUUUAGACGACACAGACAUAGAGAAAUUGCCAUUUUCAAUUGGAAAUUUUGUUGGGCUGGAACUAUUGUCCUUGAAGGGAUGCGAAAGGCUUCAUCAGUUACCAGGUAGUAUAUGCAUGAUGCCGAAAGUUAGAGUGGUAAUUGGUUAUGGGCAUGAAACAUAUAAUUUUUUUGAAAAAGAGUUGAGCUCAGACGUGUCUCCAAUGGCAAUGCUUAUUGGUGGUUCUAACCUAUAUCUUGAUGUGUAUUAUCCAUACAUGAAUCCCAAUAAUGGCAUCCAGGUAUGCAGUCCUAAUCCUCUUAUGCAUUCUGAUUUCAAUUUGUUAUUCUCAAAGCUCAGGAGGGAAGAAGACUGGUAUCGCAGAUGCAGGGUAUCAGUGAUGCAUUUCUCGUUUCGAAAGAAAUUUCCUAAGAUAGCGCUAUGUUGUUCAUUAUUUUUUCCUGCGAUGAAAAGAGUCAUGAUAAUGACUUUUAAUUUCAGAGUAUACAUUAAUGAUACUUUGCAAUUCAGUGGUAUGUGCAAUUUCAUGUUUAGAGGGUAUGAAAAAAUACUUUGGUGUGAUCUAGAAGGGAAAGUGGAGAGGGUGUUUUCAGAGCAAGAGUGGAACAGAGCUGAGAUUGCGUUUGAGUUGGACUUCCCUAUGCGAAGAAAUACUAGAAAUGGAAUCACAACAAAUAGCAUUGGUAGAGGAAAUCUAAGUUGGAGCCUAAUUGGUGUGUACGAGGAAGGAAAUAAUAAAGAGGAUAUAGAAUUUGAAGAUCCCAUGUCAAUUUUUCCAUUAAGUAACACACAACCUCUUUCUUCAUUAUCUAGUUCUUUGCACUAUGUUGUUAGUCUAGGAUUUCGUCAAGGAUGGGUGGAUAUGGAUUAACAAAGUUUCUGUAUUUACAAUUAUUACGUUCGUUUUGAAUUAACGGAGCUCACAAGUUAAUUUUGAAAGGGUCAUA